AAUCGCCAAUCUAUCAUUGGUUUUACCAAAGGGAAAAAAACCACUCGCACCACCGAAAUAGCACUAUCGAAAUUCCCUGUAUCCGUCUGAUAUCUCCGUCGUAUUUUCUGAUUUGCAUAUAAAUCAAUCAAGCAGAGAGGAAAAAAGGAUGUUUGCAACGUCUAUCACUUCCUGCCCCCAUCUUCAUUUUCCAAAGAGUCUCUCAGUCACUCGACAAAAGAUUAGAUGUUCUUCAACCACAUCAUCAAUUUCUACCAGUUUUGACCUUAAAACUUACUGGUCAACUCUGAGAGAAGAAAUUAACCAGAAGCUUGAUGAAGCUAUACCUGUUCAGUACCCAUCUCAGAUUUAUGAAUCCAUGCGUUAUUCAGUUCUUGCAAAAGGGGCAAAAAGAGCACCUCCAGUUAUGUGUGUUGCUGCUUGUGAGCUCCUUGGUGGCAACCGCCUCGCCGCCUUCCCUACUGCCUGUGCCCUUGAAAUGGUUCAUGCUGCGUCUUUAAUCCAUGAUGACUUACCAUGCAUGGAUGAUGACCCAUCUCGACGGGGUAAACCCUCUAAUCACACUGUCUUUGGAAUGGACAUGGCCAUUCUAGCUGGUGACGCGUUGUUCCCGCUAGGGUUCCGCCACAUUGUCUCUCACACCCCGACCAAUCUCGUCCCUGAAACCCAACUUCUUCGUGUCAUCACUGAAAUUGCACGAGCUGUGGGUUCCACUGGCAUGGCAGCAGGCCAGUUUGUCGACUUGGAGGGUCCCCCAAAUGCCAUAGAAUUCAUUCAAGAAAAGAAGUACGGCGAGAUGGGUGAAUGCUCUGCUGUUUGUGGAGGCCUUCUAGCUGGUGCUGAUGAUAAUCAGAUCCAACGGCUAAGAAGAUAUGGGAGAGCCGUUGGGAUUUUGUAUCAAGUGGUUGAUGAUGUGCUACAAGCAAAAUUAAAAAAGGAUGUGGAUAAUAGACCAGAAGAAAAGAACGGGAAGAGUUAUGUGGGUAUUUAUGGUAUUGAGAAGGCUCUGAAAUUGGCAGAGGAUCUUAGAACCGAGGCUAAAAGAGAGUUGGAAGGUUUUGAGAAAUAUGGUGACAAGGUAAUGCCGUUAUAUAGUUUUGUUGAUUAUGCUGUUGAUAGAGGAUUUAGCUUUGCUGAUCAGGUUUAAUUCUUAUAAUGUUGUAUUGUAAUUUUUCAUUGAGACAAUUUGAUAAAUAAUCUGUACUUUUGUAUCAUCUUCUGAUAAUAUAUUCUGUUGAUAGAGAA